UAUUCCAGGAAUGAAGCUGCUUUCUUUCACUUUCACUUUCCCGACCGUCGUGGCCUAAAUCUGCAGAGAACAAGAUGAUUUCCCUUGAACAGAGAUGGAGGAGAAUAAAUGAAGGCACUGCCAUGGGGCGAGCGGGAGCCCUGCUGCUUCUCUUCCUCUGUCACACAUGUUCUGGAUUUGAGAUCACUGUUCCUCCUUCAAAAGUUGGGAUAGUUCACACUGAUGUUCUUAUGCCCUGCACUUUCAAAGUAGAAAAAUACCCAAUAAACCCACAGUUCUUGGCCGUCUUCUGGCACUUUGGAGAAAAGGAGAUUGCAAGAUACGACAGUAAGACAAAGGAGUCUACUUCACGAUUCACCAUAGAUGGGCAAACCGUCAAGCAGGGCAAUGCCUCUCUGACCAUCCACAAUGUGGCAGUCUCUGAUAAGGGCACAUACAAGUGCACUGUGAUUUACACCCCAAACAAUCAAGAAAAGAACAUUGAGUUAAAUAUUCUUGCUAUACCAGUGGUCAAGAUACAUAAAAAGGCCAUCCUGAGAGGUGGGAUAAGUCUUCUCCAAUGUUCUAUCACAAACCUCUUCCCAAAAGAUAUGAAGGUGAUUUGGCUAAAAAAUGGUCAAACCAUAAGUGGAUUGGUGACACAGGAUGAUGAGACAAAUCCGGAUGAGACCUUAACAAGGAACAGCUCAGUAAAUGUCACAUUUCUUGAGGAGCAAGGUAAUCCAAAAAUCACGUGUCAGGUGGAACAUGAGUAUCUUCAAGAUCCCAUCAAGGAUUUCUACAUUGUACAAUAUGGAGCUGCCCCCAUUGUCAGUAUCACGGCUUCCAGGACUCCUGAUGGCAAUGAUCAGAUUUAUAUGUGUGAAGCCACAAACUACUCGCCGGAAGAAGUGACAAUGCACUGGUUGUUGGACGGGAAGAGAAUCAAUUCUUAUCGACAAAGUAGCAGUGGAUAUUUCAGUAAGGAGAUUUAUCACUGGAUUCCGCUACAAGGGGACAAACGACCAUCUCAGAUCUCCUGUGAGGUCGAACACGAGACAUUAAACAGUCCAAUAAAGAUGACAGAGGAAGUUAAAGUGGAGCGUGAUUGUAAGAGAUCGUGUCAUUUUGGCCUCAUCGGUGUCUUGGUAGGAUUACUGGUGACUGCACUUCCAGCACUCUGGUAUUUCAUGAAGAGAGAUUCGCAGCGGUUUCAGGUCAGUCACAUUCACAGGGUAGAGACUGCGGACAACAAAGUCACCAUUUACUGUAUGGCGUCCAACUGUCCAGAAGACGUGCAGGUGACCUGGAGGAUCACAGAGAAUGAUGGAGGGAAGAUCAUAAUCCCAGAUAUUAAGCAGGAAAAUGAUGAAGAAGCUGCCCUCGUGACCAGAAGUGAUUAUACUGUGGAGACAGACCGAUCAUAUGAAGAUAAACUCCACAACGUGGUCUCUUCUCUGAGCUUUACACCAGUUGUAUCGAAGCACAAAGAGAUGGCGUUCUCCUGCACCUUCCAGUGUAACGGGAGAAGUCAGGAGAAAAGUCAGAAGUUCAGCUUCAAAUUCAAAAAGCCAGAAUCGUCAGACCCCGUGCAGAUGUCUCUGGGUGACAAUGGAGACGUCCUGUGUUCUGUCUCUCUGCAGAAAUUUUAUCCUAAAGAUAUCAAGAUACAAUGGAGCCACGGCCUGGGACAUGAUUUCCAGAAUAUAGAUACAACUGAAGAGAAGUUUACAAAGAAUGAGGACUUUACAUUCAAUGUGAGAAGUGAAUGUAGGAUUCCCGGUCAUGUCUUCAAGGAUCAAGGAUAUAGAGUACGAGCCAUAUGGAGCCACAAAGCUGAGUCUGAGCAAAAGGAGGUGUCAAUAACAGACUUAGCAUGGCGUCCGGUGAUGGGAGAGAUUGAGAAACCUACAUUCACCGAUGGUAAAGAGGCAAAACUGCUUUGCCGCGUCUCUGGGUAUUUUCCUGAUGCCCUGGACGUGGAGUGGUUAAGAAGAGAUGCAGCCGGUCAGGAAAUCUAUGUUUUAUCUGCCAGUGACAAAUACAAGAUCCCAGUAAUGGAGGUCAAACAACAAGAAGAUAAGACCUUCACCUACACAGCAUGCCUGAUCCUCUCUGUGUCAGCGGCAACAGAUCACGGCUCAGAGUUUAUCUGUCGGGUGAGACACCCCAGUGUGACGGGGCCCCUGGAGAAGAGGACGGGAGAAAUCAGGGUGAUCGGAAUCCGAGCAGUGAAUGUGACACUUCUGAACAAAGAGAAAAUAAGAGCAGAAGUUGUACAUUUCACCCCGAAUGACAUUAAAAUCACAUGGAGCCGACGUAAGGAAAAAAAUAAAAGCUACGAAGUCUAUAAAAAAAUCGAAAAACCUAUGAAAAGAGAAAACAGUGAUGGCUCCUGCACAAGUGUCAGUGAGAUGACAUUCAAGUCUCAUUCAGGAAGUACUCAGAAGGAUAACAAAUAUUAUAAAGUGGUUGUGGAAGACAACACAUCGAAUGCUGUAGUGGAGAAGAUCGUCCUACGAGAGAACCGUGAAUAUUAUUUAACUGACAAUGAGAACAGGAAGACUCCUUUGGCUGAAAUAUCUGAGCAACAAGGCACGAAUGUCAAUGAAGAAAAUGAGGAGCCUGCGGCAGAGACACAGAGGAAAGAAGAAGAAACGUCUCACAGCAAGGAAAAAAAGAGCAAAAACAAAAGUAAAAAAAAAAAAAAAAAAAUUAAAACAUGAAUUUUUUAAGCUGCAAGACCCCCCUCCCCCCCCAUAUAAUGAAGGAGUCAUUCUGCUUUUCGGUCUAUGGAUAAAUCUUUUGUAAUGUGCUGAUAGUGAGCCAGCAGCAUGAUUCCAUAUCGUAGCUAACACCGUAUCUCAUAUUGUGUAGAAACAAAGAAAACAGAAGCUUGUUAUACGGGACAGAUGAAGAAAUGAUGGCGGUAUGCAUGCCCAGAGGUGUAUGUAGCUAGGCUGUCCAGCUCCCAGGGCAAGGAUUUAGCAUUUAGCUCUAACUCCGCCCCAUGCAUAACUACACUCACCCACCUACAUACCUGCUAAAAUCUAUCAGAGGGUACACGGCGGUACCAAUACACCUUACGAUAGAUGAAAGACCCAACUGGUCCUACUUCAUCCAGGGUGUCGCUGGCAUCGGCGUCAUGUCCUCUGGAUCCGGAACAAGGUCCCUGUGGUGAUAGAGAAAAAAAUAAUAAUUACAUAAGGAAGGGAUGGUGACUGCCCUUGUGAAAUCCCCAGCAGGGGGCGCUGUGCUGUCCUGUAAGAUCAAGCCAUCCCCAUCUAUAACAGGGUAAUCUAGGGCAUUGCUUUCCCCUUAGUGCUACCACACAGUACUAAUGCCUACAUUGUGGCCCCUCACAGUAGUUAUGUCCUCCUU